AUGCCUGUUGUAACCCCCGACAAGCUGGCUAGCCUGCAAAGGCAUGCCGUGGAUGUGCGCAAUAUCUGCAUCCUGGCUCACGUCGACCAUGGCAAAACAUCCCUGACAGACGCCCUCCUGGCAACAAACGGCAUCAUCUCACCCAAACUCGCCGGCAAGAUCCGGUACCUCGACUCCAGGCCCGACGAACAGCUCCGAGGCAUCACCAUGGAAUCUUCCGCCAUCUCCCUCUACUUCUCCAUGCUCAGGAGAUCCGCACCCGACGCCGAGCCUGAAGCCAAGGAGUACCUCAUCAACCUCAUCGACUCGCCUGGCCACAUUGACUUUAGCAGCGAGGUCUCCACCGCCUCGCGCCUGUGCGACGGUGCCGUCGUGCUCGUUGACGCCGUCGAGGGCGUGUGCAGUCAGACCGUCACCGUCCUACGCCAGACGUGGACCGAGAAGCUCAAGCCCUUGCUUGUCAUCAACAAGAUUGACCGCCUCAUUACCGAACUCAAGAUGACGCCUGCUGAGGCCUAUACUCAUCUCAGCAAGAUUCUCGAGCAGGUCAACGCCGUGCUGGGAAGUUUCUUCCAGGGCGAGCGUAUGGAAGAGGAUCUCAACUGGCGCGAGCGGAUGGAGGAGCGCGUCCAGGCGGCGGCUGCCAAGGAGGUUGGUCUGGAUUCCAUGACUGAGUCGGGAGAGCUUCAGUUUGAGGAGCGCGAUGAUGAAGAUCUCUACUUUGCGCCCGAGAAGAACAAUGUCAUUUUCAGCAGCGCCAUUGACGGUUGGGCGUUUACCGUGCGCCAAUUCGCCGGUCUGUAUCAGAAGAAGCUCGGCAUCAAGAGAGAUGUCAUGGAGAAGGUGCUAUGGGGCAGCUUCUACCUUGACCCCAAGACCAAGAAGAUCCUGGGCCAGAAGCAUCUCAAGGGAAGAAACCUGAAGCCCAUGUUUGUGCAGCUGGUUUUGGAGCCUAUCUGGACCGUCUACCAGGCCACCGUCGGCGGCGACAACAACAGGGGCGACCCCGCGCUGCUGGAGAAGAUUACGAAGUCCCUCGGACUGACUAUCCCUCCUCACAUCAUGCGCUCCCGAGACCCUCGGCUGCUCCUAACUACAGUUUUUGCGUCCUGGCUCCCGCUGUCGACAGCCAUGCUCGUCUCCGUCAUCGAGUCCCUACCAUCACCCCCAGUCGCGCAAGCCGAGAGACUGCCCGAGAUGCUGGAAGACGUCCCCGGCUCAGACGCCAUCAAUGAAGAGAUCAAGAACGCCAUGAUCUCCUUCAAGACCGGCCCUUCAGAUCCCGUCGUAGCCUACGUCAGCAAAAUGGUUUCCGUCCCCGAGAGCGAACUCCCUCACAACAAGCGCAAGCCGGGCCAGUUGACCGCCGACGAGGCGAGGGAACUCGCCCGAAAGAAGAGAGCGGAAGCGGCCCGCGCCCAAGCCGCCGCCCCCUCGAGCGGAAACGCAAUCAACGACCUCACGACAGCGCUCGAGGAGGUCAACCUGGACGGCUACGCCCCGGAGCACGAAGAGAAAGAGGUCGACCCCGAGCACCUCAUCGGCUUCGCGCGCAUGUACUCGGGCACCCUUUCCGUCGGCGACAGCCUCUGGGUUAUCCCGCCCAAGUGGUCUCCCGCCAACCCCAACGCCCAGCCCUCACCGAAACAAGUCACCGUCACGGCGCUCUACAUGCUCAUGGGCCGCAACCUCGAGUCGCUCGACUCCGUCCCCGCAGGCGUCGUCUUCGGUAUCGGCGGUCUCGAAGGCCACCUCCUCAAGAACGGCACUCUCUGCAGCCGACUCGACGGCGCCGUCAACCUCGCCGGCGUGGCAGGUACGCUCGGCAAACCCAUCGUCCGCGUCGCCCUCGAGCCCGUUAACCCGGCCGACCUUGAUAAGAUGAUCCACGGCCUCCGCCUCCUCGUCCAGUCCGAUCCCUGCGCAGAGUACGAGCAGUUCAGCAGCGGCGAGCACGUCCUCCUCACCGCCGGCGAACUGCACCUCGAGCGCUGCCUCACCGAUCUCAAGGAGCGUUUCGCCCGCUGUGACAUCCAGGCCGGCGCCCCCAUCGUGCCCUACCGCGAGACCAUUGUCCGCGCCGAGGAGAUGCGGCCCCCCGCGAACAAGGACCUCGGCCGUGGCGUCGUCGUCGGCACCACCUCCUCCAAGCAGGUCUCCAUCCGCCUCCAGGUCCGGCCUCUGCCGUCCGACGCCACGGAGUUCCUCCUCAAGAACGGAGACGUCAUCAAACGCACCGAAGGCACAGACUCCGCCGCUGUCCCUGGCGAAGCCGCAGACGACGUCGACACAGACCUAACAGCCGCAAAGACAAUGUCCCUAGACGACUUCAAAACAGGCCUCCAAUCCGCCCUCGAAUCCUCCCGCACCGGCCGCGAACACUUCAAAUCCGCAAUCGACCGCAUCGCCGCCUUCGGCCCCCGCCGCACCGGCCCCAACAUCCUCGUCGACGCCACAAAAGAAGGCCUCCUCGCAAAGCUCUUCUCCCAAACGUCCACCGAACGCGACGGCUCAGCAGCAGCACCCCAAGCAGACGAAGCCCUCCACCCCUCCCACGUAGCCGACAAAAUCCCCUACGCCUUCCAGCUCGCCACAGCCCAAGGACCCCUCUGCCGCGAACCCGUCCGCGGCAUCGCCGUCUUCCUCGAAGACGUCGUCAUCAACCCCACCGACGACGACGCCUCCGCCCGCGACCGCCUCCCCCGCCUCACAGGCGAAAUCAUCAAAACCUUCACCGCCACCCUCCGCUCGGGCAUGCUCGACUGGUCCCCGCGCCUCAUGCUGGCAAUGUACACGGUCGAAAUCCAAGCCUCGACAGAGGUCCUAGGCCGCGUCUACGACGUGCUCACCCGCCGUCGCGGGCGCGUCCUCUCCGAGGCCAUGAAGGAAGGCACGCCAUUCUUCAGCAUCAACUCUGUUCUCCCCGUGGCAGAGUCCUUUGGCUUCGCGGACGAGAUGCGGAAACGGACUUCGGGCGCGGCGCAGCCGCAGCUUAUUUUUGCGGGGUACGAGGUUCUUGACCAGGAUCCGUUCUGGGUGCCGUUUACCGAGGAUGAUCUGGAGGAUUUGGGCGAGUUGGCGGAUAAGGAGAAUGUGGCGAAACGGUAUAUGGAUGGUGUGAGGCGGAAGAAGGGGUUGUUGGUUGAGGGGAGGAAUGUUGCUAGGGAUGCGGAGAAGCAGAAGACUCUCAAGAGGUAG